AUGAUGCCGAAGCGGGAGAAAGUUCAGUUAACUUAUUUAUAUUUCAUUCCUAAACCUCACAAGGCAGGAACACCAUUGAGGCCUAUUGUAUUAUCAAUGAGUAUGCCAACGACAGGAAUUUCAAAGUUUUUGGACAAAUUAAUCCGUCCAAUUUUCGAUAAACAUGCACGUUCAAUCACAAUUAUUGAUGGUGUUGAUUUGAUUCAUCGUUUAGAAGCAUACACAACAAAUGGACAUCUCAUACCAAAAACUUAUUUGUGUACGUUUGAUAUUACAGAUUUAUACACCAUGUUACCACAAGAAGAAUCACUUGAUAUUCUAAUUGAAUUUCUUGUUCAACAUGACUAUCAAAAAGUUCAAAAUAUUCCAAUCGAUAUUAUUCGAAAGUUAGCUCUUAUCGUCAUUAAGGAAAACGUUUUCGUUCAUGAGAAGAAAUUCUAU